AUGGCCACACAAGAACGCAAGCUUCCCUUUGGGAAGAUCGAGCCCAACUCUGCCAAGUACUUCUAUAGCUGCGGAAUGGGCGGCAUCGUCGGCCCAACUCACACGGCCGUGACACCGCUGGACCUGGUCAAAUGCCGCCGACAGGUCGACCCCAAGAUUUACUCCUCGAACAUUUCCGCAUGGCGCUCAAUCUUCGCCAAGGAAGGGCUGCGCGGCGUCUUCUUUGGAUGGGCGCCGACCUUCAUAGGUUACUCCUUCCAAGGCGCAGGCAAAUACGGUCUCUAUGAAUACUUCAAAUACCUAUAUGGCGAGCAAAUGUUCCCGCAGACCAAUCGCACCCUGGUAUUCCUAGGUGCCAGUGCCUCGGCGGAAUUCUUCGCGGAUAUGGCCCUCUGUCCGAUGGAAGCAAUCAAGGUCCGCAUGCAAACAACUCUGCCACCAUACGCCAACAACCUUCGUGAGGGCUGGAGUCGCGUCGUUGCCAAGGAGGGAUUGGGCGGUCUCUACAAGGGUUUGUACCCUCUGUGGGCGCGCCAGAUCCCUUACACCAUGACCAAGUUCGCGACCUUUGAAGAGACGGUCAAGCUCAUCUAUAAGACCAUGGGCAAGCCCAAGGAGAGCUAUGGCCAGUUGACGCAGACGGGAGUGAGUUUCCUGGGUGGAUAUAUCGCCGGUAUCUUCUGCGCAGUAGUCAGCCACCCGGCCGAUGUUAUGGUCAGCAAGUUGAACGCGGAUCGGAAAGCUGGCGAGGGUGCCAUGACUGCCGUAUCCCGCAUUUACGGCAACAUCGGAUUUUCGGGUCUGUGGAAUGGACUGCCUGUCCGUAUCGUCAUGCUCGGUACAUUGACAGGAUUCCAAUGGCUGAUUUACGAUUCGUUCAAGGUAUUCCUGGGUCUUCCGACGACCGGUGGACACUAG